CGUUGGCGCGGUCUUCAACCGUCUGUUUGUCUCUCUCCCCGCUCUGUCACUGUCCUACUCUGCUCUGCCGGAACUCGAACCCUAAUAAAAUCAUCCCUUCUCCCUCCGCCAUUACCGUCGCUCUCCACCGCCCUGCGGCCGCUCCGCGCUGUUCCUCUAUCGUUCAACUCCGCCGGCCAAGCACGUGCUCCCCUCUGGCUGCCCCAGCUCUACGCCUCAAGCUCCGCCGGCGCCAGUGUACUUACCGAAUAACAGGAUAUAUAGAAUUGCAAUUCGAAAAAAGAAAUGGGAUUGUCAAAUGUGGUUGGGGAUUUGUCGUUGGAGAUGGAGGUGGAUGCUUUCAGACGGCUCUUUCCUCUUCGGUUCUACGAGCGUCAUCUUUCUGAGUCUAUCCGCCCCGAUGGUAGGACCCUCAAAAGUGCCCGAGAUACAUCAGUGGCCCUUGGAGCUGUUGCAUCUGCUGAUGGAUCUGCAUUGACGAAGAUUGGUUCAACUACAAUGCUAGCUGCUGCCAAGAUGGAGGUAAUGACUCCCUCUGCUGAUGCACCUGAUGAAGGCAGCAUAGAUUGCUGUUUUGUAGCUGUAGAAUAUUACAUGCCUUCAAUUUGUUCUCCACUUGUGAGGCCUGGAAGACCAGCUGAGAUUGCACCUGUUAUCUCAAAGCAACUUUAUGACACGAUAUUGAGCUCUGGCAUGAUCGACCUGAAGGAAUUGUCUUUGAUAAGUGGAAAAGCUGCUUGGAUGGUCUACCUGGACAUAUAUUGUUUGGAUGCGGAUGGAGCUCUUUUCGAUGCUGCAUUGCUUUCAGCUGUUGCUGCAUUUUCUCACUUGCGCUUCCCUGUAGUUUCUCUGAAUGAUGAAGGAAGAUUAGUAAUGGUCCCUGAGGAAGGUAACGGUGAUAAAUCGGGCAAAGAGGUAGUCAACAAAGAGAAGAGAAAGCUCAGUCUCAGCAGUCCACCAUUCUCCCUCACAUGCGCUCUACACAAGAACUACAUCUUGGCAGAUCCGACCUCUGAGGAAGAGGCCGUGAUGGAGACUUUUGUGACUGUGGUCUUGAAUUCCUCUGGCCAUCUUGUGUCUCUCUACAAGCCAGGAGGACCCGUUCUCACCCAAACUUCUGUUAUUCAGGAUUGCAUUGCAUUGACAAGGCAAAGAAUGAAGGAAGUUCAGGAGAUAUUAGAUGAAUCUAUUUCUGGUAUGGAGAUCGACUAGGUCCCAUUACUGGGCAAGUUGUAAUUUUUGGUUGCCUAUGUGCUGGUUACGGAUGCAGUCCUUUUUACCUUAAUCUCUAUUCAGAUUGAUUCUUCCACCUCUUUCAUCUCUACCUAAGCUUUGAUUCAAAAUUACAUGUAAGAGGCUUUUUAGCAGAGCUGACGCACUGUAUCAGUUUUGUAGUAAAAGGAAUGUUUUCGCA